UUCAGCCUCUCACACCAUGAAAACAACUUAGAGUUGGGAUACCUCCUGCUCACCUUGUGUUCUGACUUGGCUUCUUUAGAAACUUGUAUUGUUUUUAAUUCACACCUUGGUAUUUUGUUUUAUAUCUUGAAGGAGACAAUAUGGGACAAAAUACUUAUUUCAUUACAAGAAAACAGUCUUGGCAUCCCUGUACACUGUACACUUCGUCCUGUGUAGCUCUGCUGUCAGUACUGUGGACCCCUGCACUGUGUCAAAUGGACCUUGAUUACAACCACAACAGCUUAGAUGACAACACUGUCUGCCCUAAUAUAAGAGUUGGACAAGAUGACCUACCAGGCUUUGACCUGAUAAGCCAAUUCCAGUUGGACGUUGUACCGCUCAAGGGAGUGAAAAAGGUGGAAGGCUCGACAGCAUUGCAAGUGGCUUACAGACUCGAUAAAGAUGCAGGCUUUCAAAUUCCUACGAGGAUAAUCUACCCGCAUGGUCUGCCUGAGGAGUAUUCCUUUGUGACCACGUUCCGCAUGAUGAAGAACACCAUCAACAAAGUAUGGAACAUGUGGCAGCUGGUGGACCAGGAUGGCUACAAACAGGUGGGGCUGCGGCUCAACGGAGACCAGCAGGGGGUGGAGUUCUUCCUGGUGGGCAUGGAUGGCAGUCUGCAAGUGGUCACCUUCCCAGGGGUAUCACAACUUUUCAACACAGAGUGGCACAAAGUGCUGGUGGGAGUGGAGCGCGAUCAGGUGACCCUCUACCUGGACUGCCAGCCUAUUGGAUCCAAACCCAUUAAGACCAAAGGUACUGUCAAUACUGAAGGGGAGACUCUCAUUGGAAGGCUGGAUGCAGAUCCUGAUACCUCUGUAGUGUUUGAACUGCAGUGGAUGCUGAUACACUGCGACCCCCAGAGAGCCCAGAGAGAAUCCUGCUCUGAGUUACCCAUUCAAGAGAGAAUUAUUCCCAAUGCUGAGCCUGGCCGAGAUCCAAGGCCUGUCCCAGGUCCCCCGGGUCCCCCGGGCCCUCAGGGGCCUCCAGGAGACCAUGGGAUGGAUGGGAAGAAUGGUGUCCCUGGCCUUCCUGGAACACCUGGUCUACCUGGUCUGAAAGGAGAAAGAGGAGAGGUUGGACUCCCAGGACUGAGAGGACUGCCAGGUCUUCCUGGAGUUCAUGGACUGCAAGGGUCCUUGGGCCCAAGAGGACCUGUCGGAGAACGGGGAUUACCUGGAUCUCCUGGUCCCCCUGGCCCGCCUGGACCUGAGACAGUGGGACCUGCAGGACCUCCUGGGAAACCUGGUGAAGCUGGGGAUCCUGGCAAUCUUGGACCCGAGGGACCAAUGGGACCAAGAGGCAGUGCUGGUCUCCCGGGUCCACCCGGGCCUGUGGGACCACCUGGAGUUUUCACAGGAGAGGGGAGUGGAGAUUUUUGUCCAACAGCUUGCCCCGCUGGUCCUCAAGGCAACCCUGGGGCGGCAGGCCUGAAGGGCCACAAAGGUCACAUGGGCGAACCCGGGGAGCCAGGAAAGGGUGGUCAAAAGGGAGAUCCUGGGUUACCUGGUCCACAGGGUCUGACUGGUGCUAGUGGGAGCGAGGGAGCUAGAGGGUUGAGAGGAUUUCCUGGUAGUGCUGGAGACAAAGGAGACAGGGGUCCUCCAGGCUUUAAUGGGAUCCCAGGACCUACUGGACCGUCAGGCCCAGUUGGACAACAAGGACCAAGAGGAACCCAGGGUUUAGAAGGCCCCAAAGGAGAUGAAGGUGCAGCGGGUCGCAAUGGAGAAGACGGUGCUCCAGGACACAAGGGUGAAAUUGGUCCCCCUGGAAAAGGUGGAAAUGAUGGCAAGUCUGGAGAUGAUGGGAAGAGGGGAGAACCUGGGAUGCCAGGCCUCAUGGGUCCUAGGGGUCUUCUUGGAAUCCAGGGGCUGCCUGGAGAACCAGGACAGAAGGGCCAUGCUGGUGAGAAGGGUGGAACUGGACCUGUCGGAGGAACAGGACCAGCUGGUCCUCCUGGUAAACCAGGAGAAGCAGGAGAGGCCGGUGAAAAUGGAUUACCAGGACCAAAAGGACCUCCUGGUGAAACUGGAAAACAAGGACCAUUGGGUGCAACUGGGCUUCCUGGACCUGAUGGUGAAAACGGAGACAAAGGGGAAGCUGGUCCUCGUGGUAUUAAAGGCCAUACUGGAGAGAAAGGAGAACAGGGUCCCAUAGGACCUGCUGGCCCACAAGGGAGUGAGGGCAAGCCUGGUGAACUUGGAAAAACUGGGAAUAAAGGAGACAUGGGUCCUACUGGCAUUCCUGGGAUUAAGGGAGAGCAAGGAGCCAAAGGAGACAAGGGUCCAAAGGGGCCAGAAGGCCACCGUGGACAACCAGGCCACAUGGGACCUACUGGGCCCCCAGGCCCUCGUGGGAUGGAUGGGGACAGGGGUAUUCCAGGUCAGCCUGGUCCACAGGGUCUUCCUGGGCAAGAAACAAGUGAGAAGAGAAUCAGGGAAAUUUGCAACUCCAUGAUUCAAGACCAGAUUGCCACGCUUGUUGCCAGUCUCAGGAGUCCAACUGUUAAAGGUGCACCGGGCCGUCCUGGAGCCGCUGGUCAUCCAGGACCACCAGGGCCACCUGGGUCUGAAGGACAUCCAGGACAGAAAGGCCCUAUGGGUCCCAGAGGGCAGCAAGGAUUCUAUGGAGAGCCUGGACUGAAAGGUGACACUGGGGAAAAAGGAGAACGUGGAGAAGCUGGAAUUGGAAAACGUGGGAGUUCAGGACCACCAGGACCUCCAGGAGAACCUGGUCUAGAUGGUGUUGGCAAAGCUGGCCGUGAUGGUGCUCACGGGGAGCAGGGAGUUCCGGGGGAAACUGGUUUUCCAGGCUCUCGGGGUCCCAGAGGCCCACCUGGGGUGUGUGAUCCCACAAGCUGCAUGGGGUCCCCACCGAUGUUCAUGCCAGUGAGUGGCAAAAAAUCCUCCAGUAUGAAGGGCCCAUGAAAAAAGAAGACCCCUAAAUAUAGGUUAUACAGUAUGAGAGCUCAAAAAUAAGGGGUUCAUGCCCUGGUCAUGGCCAAGAUGAACUUGAACUGUUUCCCAUUUCAUUAAAGCUUUGAAGACUUGU